CAACAUGGCUCCGAAGAAGGUGGAGGCGAAGAAGCCGGAGGUGAAGAAGCCGGAGGUGAAGAAGCCGGAGGUGAAGGAGGAGGCGCCCCCCCCACCUCCGGAGCCCAAAGCCCCCGAGUUGGACCUGGCCAGCAUCGUGCUGGACUUCAGCCCCGAGCAGGUGGAGGAGUUCAGGGAUGCCUUCACGCUGUUCGACGAGACGCCGGCAGGCGAGAUGAAGAUCAGCUUCGCUCAGUGUGGAGACGUACUGCGGGCGCUGGGACACAACCCCACCAACCAGGAGGUUCUGAAGCUGCUGGGCCGGCCCAAGCCCGAGGAGAUGCAGACCCAGCUGUUGGACUUCGACCGCUUCCUGCCCAUGCUGCAGCACGUGGCGCGCUCCAAGGAGACAGGCGCCUUCGAUGACUUCGUGGAGGGGCUGAGGGUCUUCGACAAGGAGGGCAACGGCACGGUGAUGGGCGCCGAGCUGAGGCACGUCCUGGCCACGCUGGGCGAGAAGAUGACGGAGCACGAGGUGGACCGGCUGAUGGUGGGCCAGGAGGACGCCAACGGACACAUCAACUACACCGAGUUCGUCAAGCACGUCCUGGCCGGGUAGACCCCCCACAAUGCAUCUGUGUUUGUUAAUAAAGCCUCCU